AUCACAAGUUUACAUUACUUUUUUUCCUAAAAUAUUGCAUUGCGAGUAUUGCAAUAGAUUGAAUGAAAUGUCUAAAGUAAGGCGAUUAUGGAAUAAUUCCUACUGUAGAUACUUCAGUGUUCAACAAGCCAAAAAAAAGUUGCCAAUUAUAUCAUGCAAGCAUUCGGAAUUGAAUCAUUACCAAGGUCAAACUUACAACAAGUUUAAAGGUAUACCAUUAGCUUCAAAAGGCUGGUUACAUCAUAAAUCCAAAGGUGAUUACUUUAUUAUCUACGGCAAUGCUAACGAAAAAGAAGAAAAGCCUGUUUACAGAAAGAGUUUCGAAGAAAUCGGCGUGUGUAAAGAACUUAUUGAGGUUAUGUCCGAUGCUGGCUAUUCUCUGCCAACUGAAAUACAAACAAAAGCAAUACCGACUAUUUUGGAGGGGCAUAAUUCCAUAGUUACAGCAGAGACAGGAUGCGGGAAGACUCUGGGAUAUUUACUUCCUAUUUUUCAGCACAUUCUUAAUUGGAAACCAAGUAUUCCUGAAGAGUUCAACAGUCCAUUAGCAGUGGUGAUAACACCCAGUAGAGAAUUAGCUAACCAAAUAGGGGAUGUGGCGCAGAACAUAGCACAAAAUUUGAAUUUAAAUGUGACAACACUUGUUGGAGGUAAAACAAAACAAAAGAUGAUCAAUCCUCCCAUAGAAUAUUGUGAUUUACUUGUGACAACACUUGGCGCUUAUAGCAAAUUGGUGACAACCGGAAUCUUCAAGAUACACAAUAUCCAUCAUGUGGUGUUAGAUGAGGCAGACACAUUGUUGGAUGAUAGUUUUGUUGAAAAGUUAUCUUAUGUGUUGAGGAAAUUUUCGAUACAAUAUAAAGUAGAAAUACAGACUCCUCCAGUUGGUUGUCAACUAACAUUUGUUAGUGCAACAAUGCCACAGGAGUUACCAGAAGCAGUCCAAUCGUUUGUUGAUCCUGAUUCUCUGAAAACCAUAACCACCUCCAGGAUACAUAAGUUACUGCCACAUGUUCCACAAAAGUUCAUGCGCAUUGGAAAAGCACAAAAACCUAUGGAACUUUUAAAAUUAGUACAGGCUGACAUUAACAUGAAGCGACCGGUGAUUGUAUUCUCGAAUAAGACUGCCACUUGCGAUUUUGUAUCUAUGUUUUUAAAUGAGAACAAUAUAGAAUGUGUUAAUAUCAAUGGACAAAUGGCAGUUGUACUGAAAGAAGGAAAAUUUGAAUUAUUUAGAACUGGUAAAGUUAAUGUAUUGUCAUCAACUGAUAUAGCGUCACGCGGACUAGACACGACACACGUCCAACACAUCAUCAACUACGAUUUCCCUCUCUACACUGCAGAUUAUAUCCAUCGCUGUGGCCGAACAGGUCGGCUAGGAUCUACACAAAAUUGUUCCAUAACCAAUUUCAUAUCAUGGCCAAGAGAAAUACAACUCGUACAGAAAAUAGAAACUUCUGUUCGGAAACAUGAGGACCUGCCUAGUGUCAACGCUAACAUAAAGAGAUUGAUCGAUAAUAGAAUCAUGAAGUUAACAAAGAGUAGUAUUAUAUAAGUUGUUACAUGAACUGGAGAUAUUGACAGAGUAAGAUCAAACUAAAGAACUAAUUAAUAAAUUGGCGUGUACGAAUUGAAGCAAAAUGUAAUAGCAAAUGGAUAUUAAACAUACAUGAUUUCAUUAAGUACACAACCUGAUCGAACCCUAUCACGUUAUGUCUGAUUUUAGCUUAAAAUGGUGGAUAGUAUCGUUCUUGAUAAUAUAGUAAAAAUGAUAUUACUAAUUUGAGCUUCCUGUACUUCUGGAUUAAGCUACUGAUCUAAACAAAUAAAAAAAUAUAGAAAACAUUUUAC